AUGGGGUUGCGAGACGAACUGUUCACGGUGUCUCUCUUGGUUCAGCUCCCUGACGGGUCCCGCCCAGCGACAGCGGGCGCCUGCUUAUACUGCUUCUCCACCGAGGAUAAGCGCACUCGGGUUUGCCAGUAUUUUCUGGGCUACGCUAAUGAGCAGAACAAGGCCUGCUUGGCAGCUCUGUCGGCCGCCUUUCAGCCAUACGUCAAAAUCCAGGUGGUGCCGUAUCAUCAAGCCAUCCCGGAGGCUGCGGAAAAGGUUCGAAAGGAAGUGGAGGAGCUAAAAGCAGCAUCCCUGGCUUUCGCCACCCCCCCCUCCCAGCAGCCUUUGUCAUCCCUCGCAGGUUUCCAGAAAGAGGCCCGUUCCUACAGAUGCAACACUUGCCGGAUUACCGACUGCCCGCUGCCUAUCAACUGCCCAAUUCAGUCCAUCCACAAAGCCGAAGGUGACAUCACCGUUCUGCAGUGCGGUGCGAAGUUCUCGAUUCCCCCCGAGAGGAUCUUCAAGUGGAAGUUUGUCAAGGAUGUCCAGAGCCAGGACCUUUCAUUCUUCAAGGACCUUUACAUCGGAAUCGAUUCGUCCUUCCUGAUCCGACCCACGACGGGAGCCCAUCAUGGAACGUACGCCUGUGAGAUCUGGAUGGAAGAUGACGUGCUGGUCAGAAAGUUCAUUUUCCUCAACGUGACGGUGAAGCGGCUGGGGAAGGAGAAGGAACUGCAGGCCAUGUUCCACGACAUCCUGAACCCCCCGCCAGGGGUGGCGGCGGCCGAGGUGGUGCAGCAAAGCUCUUCCCUGGAAGACUGGCUGCGGGAACCCGACUCCCUGCACAAGACCAGCGUCCUCCUUGUCUUCCUGGGGGUGGUCCUGAGCUCCAUGCUGGUGACCCUCCUGCUCAUGUGA